AUUUCAGUGUCUUUGUAAUGGACCCUGACGUUGAGAAUCCGUAGUUUUCACGUUUUAGUUGAUGGUCACUUUUUGUUGUUGGUUAUAGUCACUGAUAGUGAAAGCAUAUAUAAUACGUGAAGAUGGGAAAACACAGAAGUAAAACUGGACGUCGUCCUGUUCUGCAGCUGAAUGAGGACCGACAGGCCCCUAGAAAUCCACUUCGGGGUAUGGUGAGCUAUCCAGAAAGUGAGGAUGAAGACAGCCCAAGUGGAGUUACAGAUGAGGGAAGUGGGUCGGUAACACCAGCUGAAAAUGAUGUUUCAAGUGAACCAACAAAAAAGAUCGAUCUUGAAGUGGCUGAUUUUUUAAAGGAGAUUGACGCACUGACAAAAACGGAGUCUAAUGAUGCAUCAGAAAUGGAAGAAGAACCAACUACAAGUGAUGGUAAGCAGAGUGGUGAGACUGAGACUCAAGAAGAGCAUCCCAUUCAAGAAACACCAAGUGGAGAUAACCCUCCUCAAGAGAAUGGUAUAGGAGAUUCUGUGAUGGGUGAAAAUCAAGAUGUUCCCCAUACAAGCCAGAUGGCUCAUACAGAGCAGUUUGCUGUGUCGUAUCCAUCAGGCAGUCUGUGGCAUCAGUGCUAUGAUGAAAACAGUGGUUACUCGUAUUACUGGAACACACAGACCAAUGAGGUUACGUGGGUUUGUCCUCCAGAAUAUGCCAAUUAUAUUGCUGCUUUAGAAGCAGCUGGUUUCUUAGCCAACGAAGGUACUGUGGUUUCCAGUAGCGAUACAUAUCCACAGAAGCCACCAACUGCUAAAGAAAAGAAAAAGAAGAAAAAAGAGAAGAAAAUUUCGGAAGAAGGGAAAGUUAUCCCGAUAACAUCAUUUGGCCCACCAUCAUCAGACUCAUCAUCAGAAGAAAGUGAAAGUAAGCCAAGUGUCACCAGAAAUAAGAAGAAGAAGCCAAUAAGAAAGCAUUAUGGUCCUGAACUUCCAAAAUCAGAAGCACCAUCGGUAGCUGUCAUUGGACCCCAGUUACCUUCUAACUUUCUUGUAGCAAAACCAGAAAUUAACUCUGAAUCACCAGUAGACGUCUUGGAUCAGACCUGUAACGUGCAAGCUGUAUGCGGACCAGAACUCGUAGAAAACAACGUUUCUGGUGUUUUAAAAGAAUAUCAGAAAGAACCAACUGACAAAAAUGCAGAAAAUAACAAAAUUGUUCUCAAAAAGAAAGUAAAGACCAACAAAAAAUCCAAGAAACUAGUUGUACAUGGGCCCAAUCUUCCAGAAAAUACCUUUUUUAAUAAUACAGAACCAAAGAAUGUUAACAAUUCUUAUAACAAGCCAGAUAAUGAAUCUGAAACUUCACUCGGCACUUUUAUUGAAAAAGGACAAGAAAUCAAAAAGUCAGCUAACACUUUAACAACUAAAUCAAACGAAAAUGAUACUGCUAACUUACAUGAAACAAAAACGUUACUCGCCACACAAGAAGCAAGUUACGUACCAGAUAGCCAAGAAAACCAUUCUAAACUUAUUUUUCCUUCAGCUACUUACCUUGCUGUAGAAGAAGGUGAUAUAGCAAGUAGUUCAUGGACGUUGCCCAAAGUGGAAUUUAAAACAACAGAAGAUACCUAUGAACCCGACUCCACUACCAAAGUUACAAGUAAAGACCCCGUGAAGAAAACACUGACUAAGAUAAACCAUAUGCAUCAGGCCCUCAAACCGAUUGUCCAGUAUGGUGGAUCUGACAGUGAGAGUGAGCCAGAGGAGGGAACACUAGCUCCAGCAGUAGACUCUGGAGGUUUUAAUCUUGCUCAGAGCGGUAGACUGGGAUUUGGAUUUAAAGAACCCGAGUUUCCAGUAGACAAUAAUAUUGUUGCUUAUAAAGAUGAGAACAAUGACUAUGAUGAAGCCCAAUCACAGAGUAAUUUCCAGAUGAUAAGCUUUGUGAAGUCUGACGAGGUAUUAGAUUUUAGUAAAUUAACACAGAAGCCAGAGUCCAUCAUAUCAACUGAAAAUUCAGAAACUAACGAGUUAAUUGAAGAGCCAGAAUCCAGCAAGGUAACUGUAAAGGUGAAAUCUACCAAGCUAACUGAAAAGCCAGAACCCAACAAAACCACUGAGCAAAGAGAGCUCAGUGAACUAAACGGUAGUUCAAACCUCAAGUGUGAAGUGACAGAAGCACAGACUAAACCAAGUGAGACUACCAUGGACAUAGACGUUGAUGAAAUAGACAGGGCGUUGGAAAGAGCAUUUGAAGAACAAAUGUUGGCUAAUGCAGAGGAAAUGGAAGCCUCUACAUCUGGACGUCUAAAACGUUCAGCAUCUGAAGAGCCAGAAACAGUUUCAAAAAUGAUGAAGAGUGAUCAACCAGACUCAUCAGAAACAUCAAGAGAUACAUGGAAGGAUAUUCCAGACUUGAUUCAAGUGCUGCUGGACAAACUGGCUUUCUUGGAUCCUACAAGAUCAUGUGUAUCAAGUCUUACACACGUGCUUAUCCAGUUAGAGACUCGAUACAAGGAUUGGCAGGAAGGUGUUUUGCAGUCGUCAUAUUUUACUGAACGCUUGCUAGAAGUAAACAACUACUUACAACAAUACGAAAUGAGUGUAAUGCCACCUGGUUGGAUCUGCAGCUGGGACAGGAACCACAAGAGGUACUUUUAUGCCAAUCAAGAAACUGGCUUUUCUCAGUGGGAUUUCCCUGUCAUAACAGCAUCUCCUAAGGGCAACUUGUCACAAGAUAAAGACAACCUGUCAGUGAUUCACAGCACCAAAUCAACUACAUUUCCUUCACAACCCUCCCAAAGUACCCAGAAUCCAUCUGUAUCAUCUUCUAUAUCCAGGAACAAACCUGCCAGAACUCUAGUCUCUGAAUCAUACGUAGAUCUUGAGCCAGCUUGUUCUGUACCCAUUGCAUCGUCAGUUGCGGAAUCAUCCUUAUCAGUUACUGAGUCAUCUGAACCCUCAGAGAUAGUUGUUGAAUCGUCUCAGUCAACCAUUGUUACUCAACCAUCAUCUCAACCAUUCACCACUGUCUUACCAACGAUGAAGUCUUCUUAUUCAACUUUUCUUACUACAAGCCAUUCAACAUCAGAGCAAUCAGCAAGUGUUGUGGCCUUUGUUUCUCAUCUUCUUUCUGAUUCCCCACCACCACCCCCUGGUGUGGAAUCACCACCACCUCCACCAGGUGUAGACUCACCUCCUCCACUUCCAAAAACACCUCCACCACCACCCCCUGACAGCACAGAGUUAGAAGAAGGAGAAAUACCAGAAGUUGAAAUGGAUGUUGAGGUUGUUGGUGAUGGAGAUAACCCAUCAAGUACGUGCACUUCUUUUUCUGUACUUGCUCCACCACCACCACCACCUCCUCUACUUAGUAAGAAGAAUUAUUCAUCGACUACCAGUGCCUCUUCAAGUUUGGCCCAGAACCAAGAUCAGUCCUAUGUGAUAGCUAAACCACCACAACCACCAUCAGCGAGUAGUUACGUAACUAGCAGUUCAACAACAAACGUAUUUCAGCCAUUACCAUCAGCUCUGUCCUUUGAAGAAAAUUACUUUAUAAGGAGUGAACCUUCCCCCAUUUCAGGACCUUCCACAUCUGCAGAAACACCACCAAUAGCCCCAGUAUGUAGCAGUAGCAACCAAGAGCCACAGUCCAGUUCAACUUCAAAAAAAGACAAAAAGAAGCCAAAAUUAUCUUCGGGUUUAUCACUGAAGAAGAAAAACAUCCCGUCUCUUGUACAGAAGUGGGAGAAGAUAAAAAAACAGCAACAGCGAGAGAACAAAGAAAAAUCAGACAGUGAUCAAAAAGUUUCAACGACUAUGAACCAGCCUUAAGUAACCUUUGUGAAAGUUGAAAAUUGUAAUGAAAGAUAUCUUCUCCGAAAGUGUCACAGUGGGAACUUGGUUUCUGCCAAGAAGAGAACGACAGGACGUUUAGAAACCUUGUUUCGGUUUAGACCGACAGACGUGCACGUGAAGAGACAAAAUACACCUAUGUGUGGGAUAUUGCAACACACGUUAUGACAAUGAACUAUUCACUUGCUGAUGAAAAAUAGAGCAAAGAACAUUGUUUUGUGUGUAUAAGGAUGCACAAUGUGUAUAUGUAUAAUUAGUAAAGGUAAUGUUUCAGGGUAUUAUGAUACGAGAUGUCCACGUUAGAGUACAGAAAUAUUAUUGAUAUUGCAGUGAUGAAAGUUUGAAUGAAAGGGUGUGAACUAAAUGUAUAAAUGAUUCCUUUUAAACUUAGUGUGUAUGAUUGGGGGAUUAAACUCUUGAAUAAAACGUUGUUUUCAGUUUACUAGCAAUUUUCUUCAGAUGGUAAAAUAUGUAAGUGAACCCUUGUUAUGUAUUUACAGUGUUGAUAUAGUAUCUGAAUAUCUUGAAAUAUUUUUGUGCAAAUCUAUGCUUAAUUGAUCCUGUCCUAUACUGAAAAAAAUAUGGAACACAAAAUUAUGGAAUACUUUCAUAGAUGAAUCUGAAGACUUUCAAAAAAUGACAUUUUUUAAGUAUUUCUCCAUGUGUGCUCUAUUGUAGAACCAAUCGAGAUGAUUUUGUAAUACUUGUACAUAUUAAAAACAUAAUCAUAAGAAAAAAA